CGAGGGCGGCGAGGCGGCGGCGCUGGCGGCGGGCGCGGCGGGGCGGGGGCUCGCCGCUGCGGAUGCCGCGGCGGACGCGCUGAGCGCCGGGCUCAUCGCGGCUGCUCUGGAGGCCUCCGCGGCCGCCCGAGGCGCGCUCGGGAGGCUUCAAGGCAGCCUGUCCGACAGCCUUCUGUCCAUCGUGGUGGGCAUGGCUCUGGCGCGCGCCCUGGUGUCCAUUCAGCGAGGCCUCGCCUGCGCCGCCGACGCCCCGGGCGGCGGCGGUGGCGCAGCCGCGGCUGCCGACGCCGCGCCUGUCUUUGCUGGGGCCGCGGACGCUGCUGGCGCCCCCGCGGUCGAGCGCUGGGCGGCGGCCUCCGCUGAGCCCUGGGCGUCAGCUCGCCCCGUCGGCGCCAGCGCCGCGGCGGCCCCUGCCAGUGCCGCGGCUGGCGCCGCCGCGCGCGCGGCCGCUGCUGGCCUGGGGGCCGCCGCGGGCGGGGCCGCCGCGGGCGUGGCCGCGGGCGUCGCGACGGCCUCCACGAUAGCCGCGGCAGCUCUUGCCCCGGUCCUCCUCGGAUGGCCCGCCCUGCUCGCCGCGCCUGCGGGCGCCCUGGCGGCGGGGCUCGCGGGGCGCGCCGCGGCCGUGGCGCUCGCGCCCCUGCGGCUCGCCGCCCUCGCGGCCCUCUGCGCCGCGGGGCUCGCCCGGCGGUGCCUGGCCGCCGCCGGGCGCGCCGCGGCCGGGGUGCUGCGGCUGCCGCUCGCGCCCGCCCGGCUCGCCCUCGCGGCGCCGCGGAGGCUCGCCGGGCUCUGCGCGGCGGCGGUGCGGUGCGGCGCCGCGGUGGCGGCACUCGAGCUGGCGGCGCUCGCGCGGCUGCUCGCCGCCAGCGCCGCCGCCGCGGUGGCAGCGGCCCGCCUCGCCCUGCUGCUGCCUGCGCGGUGCGCCGCGCUCGCCGCGAGCCUCACGGCCAGCACGCUGCUGUCCCUUGCCCGUGCCGCCCGCGAGCUGCUCUUGGCGCCCGGCCGCCUCCUGGUCCUCUCCGCUCUGGCAGCGGCGCGGCUGGCGCGCCUCGCAGUGCUGCUCCCAGCGCGGUGCGUCUUGCUCGCCGCGAGGGGCAUCGCCUCCGUGGUGGGCCUCGCGGCUGGCUCGCUGGCGUCGCUGGCGCCCGCUGCCCGCGAGCUGGGGCUCGCCAGCUGCCUGGGCUACUCGGGGCGAGCGCUGCUGGUGGCGGCCCUGGCGACAGGUGCGACGGGCAGCGUCCCCGCGGCGCUGUUGCUGCUCGUUGGGGCGGCGCUGACGGCUGUCCUGGCGCCGCGGGCGAAGGUGCCCGCCUUCGGCCGCUGCUGCGGCAGGCGCGCGCCAUGGGCGCCCUGGCCUCAAGGCCACGCCGUGGCUCCCGCCGACGCUGCCGGUCCGCACCCGUCCUCGGGUGCUGCGGGCGGCGCCCUGCUGGUGUCCGCGCCGGUGCCCCCGCCGUCGCCGCUGCGGGUGCCUCCGGGGCUGGAGCUGGCCGGAGGGUGGCCCGCGCCACCGCCAGCCGCGCCUUGGCCGGACGUGCCGCUGCCGCCGGCCGCCGCGGACGCGGCGCCGGGCAGCCCCGCCCUUCAGGGAAGCAUCGAGGACGUGCCGUGCGCGCCGCGGCCCCCGACCACGGUCACGGUCGGAGGCCACUACAUUGCGGCCAUGAACGGGACCGCCGACGUGGUGAAGGCCAUUGCGCACGGCAGCGCCCCUGGCACCGUGCUCGUGCUGCCCUGCAAGCGUUCCAGGAUCCGCACUUUCCGGCAAGUGCACGCUCACCUCGCUGUCGAGAUCCCCAUCUACGAGCUCUUGUACGGGCCGUUUCUAGUGUGGUGCGGCCGUGCCCCGGCCUUCGUGCACGAACGGCUGCAGGCGUACCGCGGGGAGCUCCGCCCGGCGCAACCGGCGGUCUCCGGAGGCAGCGGCUGGUGCCCCCAACGUCGGCCGCUCUCGCUCCUCGACGCCGACGGGGAGACCAUCACCCCGCAGUCGUCCCUCGUGCUGAGCAGACCACGAUUCAAGUACGUGUCGAAGCUCCGCCACCUCAGGACCAUGGGAUUCAAGAGCGACGAGAGCGUGCUGAUGGAGCUCAUCACGAGGCUCAAGGGCGACGUCCACGCGUGCGUCUGCGAGCUAUCUGGCACCGCGUCCCAGUCUGGCCCCGCGUCCCAGUCUGGUUCCGGGGAGAAGCCGACGGACCAGAAAAAGCGGGAGUGGCUGAGGGUAUACGAGACGGCGCCCGCGCAGUUGCUCAACGUAUACGGGCCUUCGAAGUUCGCGAAGCUGUCGGACAAGCAGGUAUGGACACAGAUGCAGGAGCCGCUGAAGAGUGGGGCCGUAUGGAUGUCGGAGAUGUGCAGCAAGGAGCCGGAGCGGAGGGGUGUCGGUAUCAACCGUUUCAUUCACGCGAUGAAGACCUUCUGCGAGUAUCAAAACGAUCCUGCGGUCAAGAAGAACAACGAGGCGGUAUUGAAGCCGCAGCUGUAUGAGGAGUUGUACAAAGAGAUUGACUAUAUCCUGCCGGCCUUGCAGUAUUGCCUGGCUCCGAAAAAGCAGUAUGAGAAGAAGGGUGCUGCUCUCCUGCGUUCGAGCGGCACGGAGGAGCAAGUGCAGGCGACCGGGAGGACGCCAGCGGAGCUGGACAAGUAUGCGAAGCAGCUGUAUGACUGGCUCGACAACGCGGACAUCAUGGCCAUGGGGGACAGUAUCCCGGACUACGUGGCCGUGGCCGUGCAGAAGAACAAGGUGAAGAUGGCCGGUAAGUAUAACAGCAUGGACUGUAUGAGGUGUUUUAUGCACAUGGUUGAGUAUUGCAUGGGCUUCACGCCUACGGAGUAUACCGAGGAGCUGCAUCAGUGGUUUCUGAAGCGGCAGUGUCGGAAGUGGGCACGCCAUGCUGCUGCGGAGCUCGCGUAUUUUGGCGUGGUUUCCUGCGACACAAUGACCACAGCAUUGGGUCGUAUGAGGAAGGCUCUCAACAGCACGUCUCAAGUGAGCGUCGCGACCAUGUAUGUAUUGUUCUGCGAGACGCGGCAGGCUAUCAACAGGUAUUCGUUGCAUGGUGUUUGGUAUCUCAUUGACGCGUAUGACAAGAGCAAGUCUGUGCGGGCAAACGUUUCGCGUGUCCGGCCUGGGCUAGUAUCGACGCGUUGUCACACAAUUCAGCUUUUGGAGGCGAUCCGCAGCUGUGUGGGAGUAUCGCUUGCUGUGCUGCGGACCUUGGGAGGUGGCGUAUCAGACGGCGGACCUUGCGAGGUGGCGUAUCAGCUCGGUCGCCGCCGUCUGUGUCCCAAGGUAGAAUCUGACGGUAUUCCAGAGCUCCGUGUGCUUGCGAGUUGUCUCAGCGUAUUGACACAGAAGGUGCAGACGUAUGCGAGGCAGCCUUCGCAGCAGUACCGCGGCUUGGUCAAGGCCGCCAAAGGUCUGGGUAUCAAGUACGGGAAGUCGCAUACGGUGAAGAAGCUCGCUCUGCUCGUGAAGCGAGGUAUGCUGCAGCCUUCAGGCACCGGUGCGUGCAAACGGACGUACCAGGAGCUGGUAUCCGCAGCGCACGCUCGCGGCGCCAGCGAGUAUCAAAGAAUUAAAGUGCAGGGAAGGUGGAUCACCAGACGUGUAUCCAAAGCCACGUUGGAAGCGCUGGUGGCUGAGCCCUAG